AUGAAUUCCAGCAGCCUCCUUCAUGACGUGGACGCUCUACACGCCUUCGCUUGGGGCUUCCUAGCAUACCUUUUUCUCCUGAGCAUAUACCGCCUCUACCUCCAUCCCCUUCGCCAUAUCCCCGGGCCCAAACUCGCCGCUCUCACGGGGUGGUAUGAGACCUACUACGAUGUGAUUCAACCCGGUCAAUACAAUUUCAAACUCCUGGAUCUUCACAAGAAAUAUGGUCCCAUCCUGCGAGUCAACCCCGAAGAGGUGCACAUUGCCGAUCCCGACUUCUUGGGCGAGAUUUACAAUGCUCGCAAGCGGAACAAAGGUCCCGAACCCAGUCUCGAUAUCGCGGGAUCGGUCGCGGGUACGGAGGAUUGGGAAUUGCACAAGGCGAGAAGACAGGCAAUGACGAGUUUCUUCAGCCCGAAAGCAGUGAGGGAUUUGGAACCAUUACUGGUUCGAAAACGAGAUCGACUAGUGGAAGUGAUUGAGCAUCAGCUCUCCUCGCAGGCGAAUUGCGACAGUCCGCUCAAUGUGUCUGAUUUGUAUUUUGCUUACUGCUGGGAUCUCAUUCAAGAAUAUGCAUUCGCUUUCGAGUCGACGGUUCUUCGGGAGGAUUUGAGUGAGGCCGCACAACUGCGAGCAAACUCACAGGAUCUCCUCCUCCAAGUCAAUUUCACACGCCAUUUUGGAUGGAUCAACUCCCUGGCUGCAUACCUCCCUGCGAGCAUUGCCUCCAAGAUGAUUCCCCCGGGCGUCAUGGAUCUCAAACGAGUCGCAGAGCGCGUAGCCCAAACCGUGCAAUCCGUCGUCAACGAUAAAACAACCACCACCACCAAAGAAAACCUCGAAACUCCCUCUUCCUCUCCACCUUCCCAACACAAAAGCAUCUUCUACACCAUCCGCGACGACCCUGACCUACCCCCCCUCGAAAAAGAACCCCUCAGACUCAGCCGCGAAGGAAAUUUCCUCGUAGUAGCCGCCUCCGACUCACCCGCCCGAGCCAUCCACAUCACGCAUUUCUACCUCCUCUGGGAACCGACCUGCAUGGCGCAACUCCGCGCGGAGUUGCAACCUCUCGGCCCACGACCCAGCAUGGAACAACUCCACGACUUACCCUAUCUCCACGCCGUCUUUCUCGAAGGAACACGGCUCAUGUAUGGCCUCGCACGCCGCAAUCCACGUAUCGCACCAGAUGAUUCGAUCGUCUAUGGCGAAUAUGUGAUUCCGCCGGGAACGCGAGUCGCCACUUCGAGUUUGUGCGUGCAUGGGAACGAGAGGAUUUUUCCCGAGCCGUUUCGGUUUCGUCCGGAGAGGUGGUUGUCUGGGGAAGGAGGGAAAGGGGGAAAGGAGUUGCGAAGUCGAUAUCAUAUGACGUUUGGCACGAAAAGUCCAAGGUCGUGUUUGGGGAUUCAUUUGGCAGAGGCGGAGAUGAAGUUGGCAAUUGCAGCCGUGGCGAGGUUUGAUAUGGACUUGUUUGAGACGGGUUUGGGGGAUGUGGAGUAUCGGUAUGAUUUCCAGAUGGCCCAUGGGGAUUUGAAGAGUCGGGGGGUGAGGACGGUGGUGAAGGGUGUGUUGUGGUGA